GUUAAAGGGGGCGGCUGUGUGUGUAUUGACAGUGUUGGCAGAACUCAGCUGCAGACUGUGGACCCUCUGCAAACAUAGGUAGUUAGUUAUUAACACAAUCGAAGCAGUCAGAACCAGCGUCUCUGCCUACAGCCUUAACUCUUCAUCUCAGACUGUGUUCGACUUUGCUUUGUGUCGGUGAAGACCCUGUUUCAUCUGAGGCCAUGUUUCGCCCUGUGUUCUAUCUGCUGGUCUGCAUCGCUCUGUGGUCAGCAUCAGUCAUUAGUCUCUCAGUGUUCUCAGACGCCCCAAAGGCUCAUAUGCUGCUCCGGUCCCGCCGGGCCAAUAGCUUCCUGGAGGAGAUCAAACCCCCCUCCAUGGAGCGCGAAUGUGUGGAGGAGAAGUGUGACUUUGAAGAAGCCAGAGAGAUUUUCCAGACCCGGGAGGCUACACUGGAGUUCUGGACUGUCUACACUGAUGGGAACCAGUGUCAGUCCCACAAGUGUGAUCAUGGUGCUUGUAUGGAUCUUUAUCAGACCUACAAGUGCAUCUGUUACCCAGGAUACGAGGGCAAAUACUGCGAAUACAAUAUAACAGCCACAAACUGCACCGUGGAUAAUGGUGACUGUGACCAUGAAUGCAUGGAAAACGAGGACGGCCAGGGGAGGAGCUGCAGCUGUUUGAAAGGAUACAAUCUGGAGAACGACUCCAGAAAGUGUAGCCCGAAAAGUACUUCAUCUUGUGGUCAGAUUCUGAUCCACAGGUCGGAGUACAGUGAGCCUGUGGAGGGUCUGCUGCCAUGGACGCUCGGAGGGGAAGUGGGCAAAAAAGGGGAGAGCCCUUGGCAGGUGCUUCUAUUGAACGAGAAAGGGAUUUUUCACUGUGGAGGAGUCCUAAUUGAUGAAAAUUGGGUGCUGACGGCUGCCCACUGCCUUCAAAACACCUUCAAGUUCAGCGUACGGCUUGGUGACUAUGAAAGAUUCAGGAAUGAAGGCACAGAGGUGCUUCUUAGAGUCACCAAGACCUUCAAACACCCUAAAUACAACAGCAUGACGGAGGACAACGACAUCGCCCUGCUGCGUCUGCAGUCCCCUGCUCCUCUUUCUAAAUACAUUGUCCCGAUCUGCUUACCAGGACGCUCCUUGGCGGAGAAGGUGCUGCACCUUAAUGGCACCACCACUGUGGUUACAGGCUGGGGCAAAGAUGACACCGGGAAGCUUAGCUCAGCACUGAACUUCAUAAAAGUCCCACUGGUUAAUCACAGCUUCUGCAGGCAGCAGAUGUUUCCCCAUGACCUCACCAACAAUGUCCUUUGCGCCGGAAUUCUGGGUGAGAGAAUUGAUGCUUGCGAGGGAGACAGUGGUGGGCCGAUGGUCACUCUGUACCGGGACACCUGGUUCCUGAUUGGCCUGGUGUCAUGGGGCGAGGGCUGUGGCAUGGUAGAUAAGUUGGGCAUCUACACCAAGGUGUCCAACUACAAUGAGUGGAUCAGCCAAGUACAAGAAGAAUGGGACAGACGUCAUCAUCCUCAAUAACACAGAAACAUCUAAAGCUUAAACAAAUCAUUUUAUCUGUGCAAUCAGACACAGAGGGCAAACUCAAUGCAUCAAAGAUUUUUCAAAACUUUGUUUAAUAAACCUCUUAACUCUAAAGAAGCUUGAGUUUGUCUGUUUACAAUCUGUUUACUAAAACAAUUUAAUCAUGAUUAAAUAGUUUCAGCCCUAACCAGAACUUCUGACUCUUCGGAUACAUCCAAACAUGUUGUUUUACAUGGUCAAUUGCGCCAUCAUGGUCAUCCUAUUGGGCUACAGUCUACACUAGAGGUCACAGAUUAGGUCCGGAUCCGGACCUAACUGCUGGCUAAUCUGGACCCAACCUGAUUUAUAAAUUACUGCAUGUUGUCCGACGGCAGUGUCUAACUUCACUUGAGCCGCUUCUCCUGUUUAUAUGGUAAAGGCCUCUGGAGUGUCCGACACCAGGCUGCACGUGAUCCAAAUUAGCCAAUGAGCUGUCAGUCUGGGUUGCUGCUGCUAGCUACUUUUAGACACAGCUGGCAAACCUGUGGCAAGCCGGGCGAUGGGAAAGA